AUGCGCCUCUUGUGUUCUGUUCUUCAUAUAGGUGCAGGCGAGUUGGGCAAUGCAAAACCAUCGCGGGCAUCUCUACAGAAGGGAAGAGUGGGUGGUUCCGCACUCAAAACAACCCUGAGGCUUCUCCGCGUGGAGGAUGUGCGGCGGCACGGGACAUCGUCCCACCCCUUAUGGGAAAACCUCAUUGAGAUUAUUGUUGCCGUGGUCAGUGUCGCGGGUGCUCGCUGGGGAGGUGGUGUUGGGUGGGGGGAGCGCCGAUGGAGCCUUCGGUCUCCUUCCCCGGCACUGUUCUCCUAUGGAUAG